GAUAGACUGAGCGUCAGAUUGGACCGAGCAAUAUUGUACAGCAAGGAGCAAGAAGUUAGUGCAAUCUAUCUUCAUUUGAUGAAUCACAGUCAUCGUCUCUUCUGUGGGACAAGAAAAAUCCAAACAACAUGGUGCUUGCAGAGUCUGACCUGGAAAGUUUGAGCCCUGUGGAGCCUGAUGAUGAUUUAGGAUCAGAUGAAGACUUUGAACCCAACAUGAAAAAUGCAAAGAGAAAACAGGGACCAGCUCUGGGAGCAACACUUUCUAAACGGCGUAGACGCAGAGCAGACAGCAGCACCUCCAGUUCUUUACUCACACACACACCUGGAGCUUCUCACACACCAAAACACACACUUACCCCACAGCCAGACAUGGCUGGAACAGACAGGAGGAAGAGCGGGAACAUGUUUGAGGCUGUGAUAUCAGGACGCUCUGCACUGGUGACGGUGGUUGAUGAUUGGCUGGAUGACUAUAAACAAGAUCAGACAGAGGGUCUUCUUGAGCUCAUGAAUUUUGUUGUUGAGUGCUGUGGUUGUAAAGGCAUUGUAACAAGGGAGAUGUUUGACAGAAUGCAGAAUGCUGACAUCAUCAGUCACCUGACCAAAGAGUUUAAUGAGGACUCAGUAAUUUACCCGCUGUCAGCAGGGGGUUCUCAGGGUCGCCGUUUUCACGAUGGACUGAGGGAGUUUGUGUAUCAGCUGGUGCAGCGCUGCAGAAACAGUCUGCUCUAUGAUGAGAUUGUUUUCUCAGCUCUGAUUGCCUUCCUUACGGGGCUCGCUGAUUCCCAGGUCCGAGCCUUCAGACAUACAAGCACGCUCAUUGCCAUGCAUCUGAUGUCUGCUAUAGUGGCGGUGUCUGCAGUGGUGUACACUCAGGCCGACACUACACAAAGACGCUAUCAGCUGGAGAAAAGCAAGAGUGCUGCACAUCGAGCAACUGAGCGGAUGGAGGAGCUCCAUAACUCCUACAAUGAACUGUUGGAGCAGCAGGAGGAGCUGCGCUCUCUGAUGAAUGGGAUCUUUAAAGGAGUGUUUGUUCAUCGGUAUAGAGACAAAGUUCCAGAGAUCAGAGCAGUCUGUAUGGAGGAGAUAGGGGUGUGGCUUAGAGAAAACCCCACCUCCUUCCUUAAUGAUGGGCACCUCAAAUACCUCGGCUGGAUGCUGCAUGACAAGCAAUCUAGUGUUCGCUUGCAGUGUGUGUUAUCCCUUCAGAAAUUGUAUAAGGAGAAGAGUUUCAUUGGCCGUCUGGAGCUCUUUACCAGCCGCUUUAAGGAGAGGAUAUUGAAAAUGGUACUGGAUAAAGACCCUGAUGUUGCUGUGGAGGCAGUUAGACUGCUGCUGAUCAUAAAGCAGAUGACUGAAGAUGGUCUGACUGAGGAGGAGUGUAUGCGUGUGUAUCCACUAGUGUUUGCUGCACACAGAGGACUUGCUUCUGCAGCUGGAGUGUUUUUGUACCAUGUGCUACAGACUGAGGUUAAUCAUCUACUAGAAGAAGGGGGGAAAGAGAGCCCAAAUGUCACUUUCCUCAACCUGCUCACAUGCUUCUUUAUUCAAAGCAAGUAUCAUGAACAUGCUGCCUACCUGGUGGACAGUCUCUGGGGUGUGCCAGUGUUGGAACUUAGAGACUGGGAGACAAUGACAUCACUACUGCUCCAGGAGAAUGGAGAGGAGCAAGGGCUGAGUGAUGACGAAGAGGCUGCUUUGAUUGAGCUUAUGAUGUGUGCAGUCAGACAAGCAGCAGAGGGAACUCCACCUAUAGCUCGGGCCCUCGGGAAAAAGAAUUUGAAAGCCAGAAAGCAACAAACUCAGGAGAGGAAACGCAUCACCAAUCACUUCAUACCACUGCUGCCUCAGUUACUCACUAAGUUCUCAGCAGAUGUGGAUAAAGUGGUGUGUUUGCUCAAAGUUCCUCUGCAUUUUGAUUUUGAAGUUUACGGCAGCACAGGCCGCCUGGAGAAGUAUUUGGAGCUGCUGUUAUCUCAAGUGUGUGAGAUUGUUGAGAAGCAUCAUGAGGAGCGUGUGCUGGAGGCAUGUGUGCGUGUGUUGUGUGUGUUGUGCUGUGAUCAGUACACUUUCUCUGUGCGUGCCGAAAGAGUCGUCAGUCAGCUACUUGACUCAAUACUGGAGAGAUUUAACACACACCUCGCUGAUGUACUGCAGGGCACCGCUGAUGAGGAUGAUGUGUACAGUACUGUAACUUCCCUGAAGAGAUUAGCUAUUUUCAGCAGUGCAAGGGAUCUGACUGUGCUGAAGCUGUUUGAGCCUUGUUUCCUGCUGUUGAAGAUUGGAGUGGAGUCUAGAGAAGUGGAAACAGAGUUGAUGAUUUGUGCACUGAAAUGCACUGUUUUCCACUUGCUGUGGGUGAGAGUGAAGAUCUCACAGACUCCGCAACCUGAUAAGACAGAGGUGAACACAUUGUUGAAGCAGCUUCAUUCGUUUUGUGAGGCGUGCCAAAGCUGUCUUUCUCUGAGCAACAGUUUGAUCAGGAACCAGGCCUUUGAAUGUGUGUGUGAUGUUUUGGUGGUGUUUGGACAAGGCAAAGGCAGAGAUGCUGCUGCUCUGAGUAUGUGUGUUUCUCCUGAUGACACACUCAGGGCUGAGAUGGCCUCCUUCCUUAUGGAUUACAUAUUCACUGACCCUGAGGAUGAUGACACAGGUGUGGAGGAGGAAGCAGAGCUGAAAAUCAUGACUCUCCAGCUCAGAAGGAAUCAGCUAGCAGGUUACUGCAAACUUAUCAUUUUCGGAGUGUUGGAGCUCAGAGCAGCAGCUGAUGUCUUUAAACACUAUGGCAAGUUCUACAGAGAUUUUGGUGAUAUAAUUAAGGAGACUCUGAGUAAGACUAAGGUUAUGAGCCCAGUUGAGAGCGCAAGGACGAUCUGCCUCAGCCUGCAGCAGCUGUAUUUCUCAUUAGGUGAUGAGGGUCAUGAUGAAGACAUGAGGGACAUCAGAGAUUUGGCUAAGAAACUGGCUAUGAGCUUUGGCGUUAAUCUACAGCACAUCCGUCAACCGCUCAUCGCCCUGCACCAGGAUGGUAUCCGUUUCGCACUGAGAGAGAAUGAUGCAAGUGAUCAUCCUAAUCUAAGGUUUCUGGAGAUCCUCAGUGAAUUCAGCCACAAACUCCUAAAGCAAGACAGGGCACAGCUAUUGAAUUAUGUGCACAGUGUGUGUGAGAAAGCCGGUGUGUGUGUAAACGCUGUGUGUGUGAGCAUGUAUGAGCGUUCACUUCGUUCUGGAUCCAGAGAGGCUCCUGCUGUCUCUCCACCUCACACACCAGCCAAGAGACGCAGGACCUCUGAGAUAGGGUCAUUGAGUAGCAGGUUGGACACUCCUGCGCUCACCUCCACAGUUAUACAGAGCCGAGUUGCACAUGCACACCAACGGUCUCGGACACCGUCUACAGAAUUCAGCACAGACCAACCAUCAGAGGAUGAUUUUGUAGAGGGAAGUAUACAGAGGAAGGUGAUGCCUAGCCAGAGGGAGCAGGAGCGUUCUGAACACAGUGAUGUACAGUCUCAGCUCAAUAUGCUCUCUCUGAUUGAGGAGAACUUUGAGGAGGAGGAGGAUGAACCUGACAUAGAGGACUACGAUGAUGAAGACUCAGACGGGCUUGGUGCCAUGUCUCUGCCAUCAACACGCCACUCCACCAGUUUCCUGGAAGACCUGUUUGAGUGAAAAAGCCUCACAUGCUUUUGAGACCACACGUGUUUGUUCAUGAGUUUGGUUCGAGGGUUAUCGUUUAUGGAAGUGUACAGAUAUAAAAGUUUAAUCAUUGUACACUGUAAAAACUUUUCAUUUGGUUAAUAAAUUGCUUGUGACUAAAAUAAAGGCUUGAAACAACAA